CAAAGGAAAACUGCCCAUCAAAUGGAUGGCUCCAGAGUCAAUCAACUUCCGACGGUUUACCUCAGCGAGUGAUGUGUGGAUGUUUGGUGUGUGCAUGUGGGAGAUCCUAAUGCAUGGGGUAAAGCCCUUCCAGGGAGUGAAGAACAAUGAUGUGAUUGGGCGAAUUGAGAACGGUGAGCGGCUCCCAAUGCCUCCAAACUGCCCUCCUACCCUCUACAGCCUUAUGACCAAGUGCUGGGCGUACGACCCCAGCAGACGACCCAGGUUUACUGAACUUAAAGCACAACUCAGUACAAUACUGGAGGAAGAGAAGCUGCAGCAAGAAGAACGGAUGAGAAUGGAGUCCAGGCGACAAGUCACGGUGUCCUGGGACUCGGGAGGAUCGGACGAAGCUCCUCCCAAGCCCAGUAGACCUGGUUACCCCAGUCCGAGAUCCAGUGAGGGAUUUUAUCCAAGUCCGCAGCACAUGGUACAGCCAAAUCAUUACCAGGUGUCUAGUUACCCUGGUUCUCAUGGGAUACCAGCCAUGGCAGGCAGCAUUUACCCAGGGCAGGCUUCUCUCCUGGAUCAAGCAGAUUCCUGGAACCAUCGGCCUCAGGAAAUCUCAGUGUGGCAGCCAAACAUGGAGGAUUCAGGCACUUUGGACAUAAGAGGAAUGGGACAGGUUCUACCCACACAUCUCAUGGAGGAGAGAUUGAUACGGCAGCAACAAGAAAUGGAAGAAGAUCAGCGCUGGCUUGAAAAAGAGGAACGAUUCCUG